AUGCCAGGCAGACUCAAGAUUCAGCGUCCAUCCCCGACGACUGUCUCCUUCACAGUAUCUAAUGCGCCGCAACGAUCCAGUUCUCCAGCUAAGAUCUUAUUCGGUCUCCAAAUCCUGCUACGCGCGAUCUUAUUCCUCUGCGUGAUCGUUGUCGGAGUCACACUCCUCCGGCAUAUUGUUUUUAAUGGAGACAGCGGAGCGAUCAGUUGGUCGCUUGUUUGGUCCAGCGCACUCGGAUCCAAGCUGUGUCGCUUGGUGGAUUCAUACAACCCGUUGGCCAUUGCCAUAGUCAGUGCCUUGGUUGUAUACGGUGUGUUCAGAAGAGGCUAUACAGGUUUGGCAGAGGAAUCGCUUUUAGUCAUUCGAGGAUUCGGCAUCCAGACCUCGACGUCGUCAGCCACCUAUCUAUCGACAGCCGCGACGAGGUUUAUCCCUACUACCCAGAUUCAAGAUAUUGUCAUACAUGAAGCCUUCAAGGGCUUUGAGGUCCGCUUUUAUCUGGCAGUAAUUGUCGAAGGUGAACCCGAUGCCGUUGUGGUCUUUCCGCAUACGCUGCCCAAACGAGAAAUCCUAGAGCAGGUUUGGAGGGGCUCGAGACGGUGCCUCUACGAUGCUAAGUCGUGA